GUGAGUUAAACUGUCUGGGCCAGAUGGUAAGUUUUCUGUAUUUGUAAUGCACAGUUUGGAGAAGCUUAACAUUGAUAGGCCUGCCAAAGUUAAUUUGAAUGUCAUUAAAGUUUGAGUGAAUGGAGUGGGGUAAGGGUGGGGUGUAUGUGUGUGCAUUAGUGAUGCUGUCCAGUGUGUGUGUGCAUGUGUGGAUUGAGGAGUAUUAAUGUUUGGAUGGGGCAAUAGGAUGGGGCUCCACCUGCUGCCACCUGUCAAUAUUCAAGUCCUAUAUAAGCGUCUUUCCUCCUCAGGGAAAAACAGAGCUGGGCUUGGUGCUCACACAACAACCUGGACCUUUGUAAGAGAACAAGACCAUCGAAAGAACUCUUGUUACUGACUUUUAAAAUAUUUCUAAACAAAUAGUUGUUUAUCUCCAUCAUUGAAGGACUGCAGUGUCACAUUUGGACAUAUAACAGAAAAGAUGAAGCCUUGCACACCAGCCUGUGUGGAUUUGGAUUCUGAGUGUGAUCCCAGAGACCUUGAGAAGUUUCGGAGUGUGGUACGGAAGAGAGUGGCAGCCAACGCCCGAGAGAGGAAGAGGAUGCAGGGCUUGAAUACAGCUUUCGACCAGCUGCGCAAAGUGGUUCCUCAGUGGGGUCAGGACAAGAAACUUUCAAAGUAUGAAACGUUGCAGAUGGCUCUGAGCUACAUUAUGGCCCUCAACCGCAUCCUGAGUGAUUCUAGUAGAAACAGCACCCCUCACAGGCAAUGGCUGGAUCUGCAGGAUGACAGCCUACAAUCAGAGAGCUACCCCUGCAUCGGGAGGUACGGCUCACCCACUGAAAACGAGUGCAUGUACACCUCCUUCCCUUACCACUGCGAGGAUUUCCAAGUCCUGACUUAGACUGAGACAUGGUGGAGUGUUAACUUGUAUCUCCUAUUCUGUGGAUACAGGACUCAGUAAAUACAUUUGUAUUACAACUAUUUUUAUGUAUUAGCCUAUCGUUCAUAUUGAUCAGCUUGGUUUAACUUGGUACAAAAUUAUUCUAGCAAUAUAGAGACCAUAAAAGUAAUUUCAACAAAAAAUGCUUUAUUAUGGUUAUUAAUUUAUUAUGUAGUGAGAAGUCCUGGUUCUCUCAGCCAAACACUCAGAUCUUGUAUUGCUUUGUAUCAAAUCAUUCAAUUAAAAGCAUGGAAGCUUAGUUAAAGCUUAGUGUACAAUAAUAUCUGUAAAUGUCUGCUUAAUUUUUUUCUGUUCUUUUUGUAAGUUUGGGUUUAUUGCAAAGUGUGGUUUCUUGACAAACAGACAUUUCAGUUAACUGAGUAUUGUUUAUUUAACUUAAGCAUUCUAGCAGUAGCAGAUUUCAUUGUAUACUAUGUACAAUUUCUAGUACAUCAGUGCAAGAAUAAACUUGAUAAAUGUAGUUCCUAAUGUUGUUGUCUUUUUUGCUUGUUUUAGACAUGGA